UGUGACAGCCACCGUGACACCGGUCGUGGUGAUCCACCUAGAGCUGCGAACGUCCCUCCGGUAUUAAAGUCAUAGAGGGAAACUCUUUGAAUAACAGCCCACAGAGGAGUCCUGUCUGUCGGCUUGAAGCCCCCUCACCACCCCUCGGACUGCCCGCGGCUCUCGUCCUUUAAUCGGCCAGGUGUUGCCCAGCCUCAUCCAGCCCCGUUGUGGAUCUUUAGCCCUCCCGGCAGGACAGUGGCAGAGCCAGAGCCAGACCCAUCGGGGACCAGACCAGCAGGCAGCAGGGCUCCAUGAGCGCGACGGGGCAGCAGCAAGGGGGGGGCCUGCGUUCUCGCCGAAGCCUUGGCCGGGACAAGGACCCCGGGCAGGGCAUGGGCAUGGAGGCGGCCUGCUGGCUGGCCCCCGGAGUGCUGCGCAGGCUGAUCGAACUGCCCUCUCCCCCGCUGUCCCGACACCAGCUGAAGAGACUGGAGGAGCACAGGUACAGCAGUGCAGGUCGCUCCCUGCUGGAGCCUCUGAUGCAGCGUUACUGGGAGUGGUUAGUGGGUCGUGUUCCCUCCUGGAUCGCCCCAAACCUCAUCACCAUCAUCGGCCUCGCCACCAAUGUCUUCACCACUCUUGUACUCGUCUACUACUGCCCCACUGCCACUGAACAGGCUCCUCUGUGGGCGUACCUGCUGUGUGCUGUGGGUCUGUUUAUCUACCAGUCCUUGGACGCCAUCGACGGAAAGCAGGCCAGACGCACCAACAGCAGCUCUCCACUGGGGGAGCUGUUCGACCACGGCUGUGAUUCCCUCUCCACUGUGUUCGUGGUGUUAGGAACUAGUAUAGCUGUUCAAAUGGGAACCAACCCAGACUGGAUGUUCUUCUGCUGCUUUGCCGGGAUGUUCAUGUUCUACUGCGCCCACUGGCAAACAUACGUGUCAGGAACGCUGCGCUUCGGCAUCAUUGAUGUGACUGAGGUGCAAAUCUUCAUAAUAAUCAUGUAUUUGCUGGCCGCCGUGGGAGGAUCUGCUUUUUGGCAGUCACUGAUUCCGAUCCUUAAUGUCCAGAUGAAAAUGGUUCCAGCCGUCUGCACUUUUUUAGGAGCCAUCUUCUCCUGCACCAAUUACUUCAGAGUUAUUUUUACAGGAGGUGUGGGCAAAAAUGGAUCCACAAUAGCUGGAACCAGCGUCCUCUCUCCUGUCUUACAUAUUGGUUCAGUAAUAAUUUUGGCAAUGAUGAUUUACAAGAAGUCUGCUGUUCAGCUCUUCGAGAAACAUCCGUGUCUUUAUAUCCUGGCCUUCGGCUUUGUCUCGGCCAAAAUCACCAAUAAAUUAGUUGUAGCACAUAUGACAAAAAGUGAGAUGCAUCUCCACGAUUUAGCCUUCCUGGGCCCAGGACUUCUAUUCCUGGAUCAAUAUUUCAAUAGUUUUAUUGAUGAGUACCUGGUGCUAUGGAUUGCACUGAUCAUUUCCUUGUUCGACUUGGUACGUUACUGUGUCAGUGUUUGCAACCAGAUUGCCUGCCAUCUUCACAUCUUUGUUUUCAAAAUCAAGCCUUGUUCGGUGCUCAGCUCCGCCCCUCACUGAGGACACGCCGGCCAUUACUGACUCUAACCCUCCUCCCUGUUAGUCGCACUCAUCUCCUCCUCCCUACCUACCUACGUACCUACCGCUGUUUCCCACGUAGAGACGCAGAGGACAACGUCGACGGCGUGGUGUAAAAGUAUGUGCUUCUGCCAACUGAAUGUGAGGACAAAUAAUAUAUACUAAGAUACUGGAGUAUUACUGUCAUUGUUUCUCUAUUUUUCAUCCUCUGCCCGUUAAUAAGAACCCUCGUUCUUCGUGGUGACACACAGAGCAGAUGUUUCAGGAGGUGCUACUCGGUCUGCUCACAGAGAGAAACUUAACGUGUGUUUUAAGUGUUACUCUGCAAAGGAAAUGUAUAGGAAUCAAAUCAAAAUCUUUGCUUUCAUGAUUAUAAUUUUUGUAAUAACUUUACCUUUUUGCUAUUGUAAAUACCAAAACUUUAACGUUACAGUGUCUGUGCUUCCCUAUAAGUUAAAGAAUCCUGCUUUGACACAUUUAUAAACCUUCUCCUUAAUGUUUAUGAUUUUAUAGAAUGACUCGAUCUCCUGCACAUUUCAACAGUCAGCAGGAUGAGGUUUAGAGGAAAUAUAAUGCCAGCGUUCCUACGUUUCCCUUCUACAUAUCUGAAUGUUUUCAUGCUAAAAGCUGCAAAAAAUGUACUGCUAGAGUUUUUUGUUUCUCUCGUCACAUUGAUAUGCAUUGUAAAGAGUGCAUAGCGAGUUCUUGGCAUCCUAGGAUGCUAUGUUUUUAGUCUCACUCUAAAAUGAGUUGGGUGGGUUGAUGCUUAAAGGAGAUAUUUCCUCAACGCUUUUUUUAUUUUAUUGUAAAUAGGACACGACACGCACAAGAGGAAAAUGAAAGCUCCUCACAUGAGAAAGAUGUUUAGAUUUAAAGAUCAGCUCACAACCAUCAUCUUCAGCUAUUAUUAUAAUUAUAUAUUGUCAACAAAUCCUUUGAAAUGCAAAGAGCACUGCCAAAUAAGGAACUGGAAAGAAUAUAUGAACCCAGGUCAUUUUAUCCAGAUUAAACCUUUAAAACGACCAGGCCGUGGCAUGACUGAAACAGUGUUUCCUCUCAUUAAUGACUGAACUAAGACCAGUGUUGUAGUGCAAGAUAUGGAGGAGAGGUUGUUUGCAGAUGACGUCAAAUCACAGUGAAGAAAAUCCAGACAUUUACUGCAUAGAGAAGCUCUAUCAAAAUGCCAAACUUAUAUGCUUUUUACAGCUCUGCCAACCAAACUGUUGGGGAAAAAAACAGUCAGUGCUACUUUUGAGUCAAAAUAGAGACACAUUCAACCAAAAACAUUGAAUAAGCUCAGAAAAAUGGCAGCAGAUGUGGAUUUAAAGCCUCCAUCUAAAGCAGGCAUUGGCAGCUUUGGUUACAAAAAGAGCCAUGCUGAUUUUAUUAUUACUUCUGGAGGACAAAUUUUGUGCAGAUUGCUUGCUGACCGAUUUUAUUAGAUUAUUAAAGAGCCUGUAUAGCAGUGGUUCUCAACUAGUGGGUCGGCACCCAAAUGUUGGUUGCAAAUGUUAGAAAGGAAAAUAAAUGUGGCAAAAUUUCUACGUACAGCAGCCCUGGUUUAUAUACAGUUAAAUCAUAUAGUACUUUUCAGGUUUUCCUAUGAUUUCAGUUUUUAUAUUGAGCUUACUAUUUAUAUAUCUCCUUUUCUUUAGAUACACAGCUGGUUUUCCCAAUACAAAAUGGAAAUUCUUUGAGAAAAAACACAACUUUUUAUGCUCUCGACCAAAACAAUUACACACUAUGAUAAUAACUGACCAGUGCUGCCUAGCUCCGCCUAUCACCACUGUUUUUUCUUGUUUUGAAUUGAGGACUGCACCUCAUAAGACAUAUUUACUAAACAGAAAACCAGUGUUUUGUUUUUAUUCAUUCAUUCCUCAUAAUGAAGGAAAAAAUGCACUUAAAAGUGCUUAUGUGCUCUAUCAUACAAAUGCAAAAGUGCACUUUCAAGUGGUUUUCUCCUUCAUUAUAAGGGAUUUAUGAAUGGAGAUAGCUGAAGUACAUUUACCUGGCACAACCUCUCCAACCUCCAAGGUGCAUGGAGGAUGAUGAAGUCUUAAGGAAAUAGAAGGCUCAGGAAAAACUUGUAGUUUAGAGAAUAGCUUUAAUAGACCAACGCUUUUUGGCUUGUGGCCUUCGCCACUGGUGAACCGUUUCCACACAAGCAGCAUUAACAUUCAUCCAGACUCACUCAAUAUGAUAAGAUCAGUCUCUUUUUAGAGAUCUGCGUCAUUUGACUCAACUCAGUAAUGAGCAUCAUUUUUGGCUCCUGAAUGGGACUUUAUUUGGUGUAUCACUAUUUCAGUUAAAAGCAUGUUUAUAACAAAACAAGGGUGAAAAGCUGUUAAAGGGGUGUAACUAGCCUCUGAGCUCAGUACAAGACUCCUGUCUCUCCUCAUCUGGCUAGACGUGUUUUGACAUUGAUCAUCUGCAUGCUAGUCAAGUUUAACACAUGGGGAAAAAAUAUUUUUGAAAUGUGUAGUGAUCAUACUCGACGUAAUCUUCACUGAUUCCUAACACAUGUUCUUCUCUUCCUGUCCUCAUCUGACUUUAGCACAUCGUCUGGAUCACAUGACUGCAAACAACCUAUACCUGCUCCGUUUUUAGUCUCCAUAGAGUAUACUCACUUCUCAAUCCCUUCUGCUGUACAUUAUUCAGUAGUAUGCUAUAUUUUUUAUGCCUAGGAUGAUGAAGGUCAGACCUGCUUUGAAAAAAGUGGAAUCAGUGCAUCCCUAGUUUUGAUCUUUCAUGGAAUUUGUUGACGAAUUAGACGAAACCUUACCUGACGGCAAUAUUUAAAAAUCACAAUCCUUCUGAGUCAUCAUCUUUAGAAAGUUGAUGUUGAAUUAUUAAUAUCCCGGUUAGCAUCAUGUUUCUUCCCAUACUCACCUGCUGAAGUAGAGGCGGUGCACAUAGGCUGAAUGUGCAGGAGACGAGCUCUCGCUGACGUCACAGUUUUUUUAAGGUGGUUACUGACAAGCUCCUGACAGAAAAUAAGAUUUAUUUAAUGUUGCUGCUUAUCUGAUACUGUCCCACACCUCAGACUGAGAGUGUCAUGUCGCUGCUCCUGGAGAGUCCGCAGCCACGACUUGUUACUGAAAACAAAUCCAACAUGUUUGUCCUUAACUUUUUUGUUUUUGCAUUUUGUGCCUGUUGAGUUUUUGUUUCAUCACCUGUAGAAUCGGGUACUGAGCAGCUAGAAUUUGUGUAGAAAUGUUCAAAAGAUCCACAAAGCCGAGUGUAGACUGCAUUUAGAGUCAUUUAUAAACAACAGAGUCCCUUUAUUAAGCCUAUAUCUUCAUUUUCAGGCUAUUUAGUUAUGAAUCUGAAAGCUUAAUUCACAGAUUAAAGCCGCAUCCAAACAGCAGUUUCUGCAGCUUAACAUUGUUCUUAAAUGCCUUGUUUUAUCUUAGAAGUAAAUAUUGGAAAUAGUACCAGGAUUAACAGACAAUUUAAAUGUUAAAGAUGUAAUAAUCUAAGAACUUCCUGCCCGGUGGUGGGCCAAGAAGACGACCUCAGGUGGUUUUUGACCUUGGCCUUUUAUGCAAAAUUCUUAACACUGCUUUCUUGGGUUGGACUGAAGAAUUGUGCAAAGUUUGAAGAAAAUCCCUCAAAAAGUUUUUGAGAUAUCAGGCUAACGGGAAUGGCGUGAAAAGAUUGACAAAAAUAAAGCCUCUGGCAGUGGCAUAAAAACCUCAUCCAAAAACCAGUGGUUAUCCCUGUAAGCCUGACAAAUUAUCCUCAAAUGUCUGGUUUUAUCAUAGAACUGAAAAUUACAGGUAAAUAUCAGGAUUAUUAAACGACUCAUGAACUAAAUUUGUUAUAAUCCAAAAGAGUAGUUGUUCUUUUGUAUAAUGUAGAUUCAAAAAGCCAUAUCCAUUAAUAAGUGGGAUUUAUGUAAAAGAAAAAUGUUUGCAUUCACUGCUUAUGUAAAAGGUGGUUCAAUAUGUAAAGAAAAACUGGUUGAAAGUGGGAAUGUUUAACAAUUUCCUAAAAAGUUAAACUUUAAAAAACUGUAAAAGUGGUAAAGUUAUUCCCAAAAUUCUUAAAUAAAAGUUUUAGCUAAAAAAAGUGUAAUAUUUAGUGUAAAGUUUAAUAUAUUUUGUCAGAAGUUAAAACCGAAUCAGAUGCACAUUAAUCAACGAUUAAACAAUCCAGAGUUUCAACAGGGUAAAAUAUAAAGAGCUAAAUUUGAUAAGAAAACGUCAAUAUUCAGAGGGUUAAACUAGUAGAAAAGCAUUCAGUUUGUGAUUAUUUUAAAACAAUUGAACUCUGGGAUUGUAACACCAGAAUAAAGUCAUAGGGAUGGGAAUAAGUUUUAACUUUGAGAGCUCUAAUAAUAAAGAAUAAUGUGGUGAUUAUUUUUAAUUUUGUGGCACUAUUUUGAAAACUAUCUGAAUGUAUGAUAUAACCUUGGUGUAAAAAUAAUCCCUGAAAUUUAUGUGAACUGACCCUUUAAAGCUUUGGUUACUUAUCUGGUGGGUUGGGACCCAAAGUGGGUUGCGAAUGUCUGCCUUGAAAAAAAAAAUGUGGCAGAAAGUCAAUGAUGUGCUUUUAUUUUGAAGGACAUUUCUGAAUCUCUUUGUUCCCUUACAUCUUUUGCUCCAUCUCAAGUCCAAACUGCCCUGUUUAAAACAUUUGAUUAUACUUAAGUUUAAGUUUAAGUUGGGUGUGUUGUUAAUGAAGGGUCCGGAUGUCAGACCAGUAGAGAACCGCUGCUUUAAAGGAACACAGCUCAGUGUUUAUAUCCCUAAGGCUGGCUACACUUUAGACAUUUUUAAACCUGAUUCACCCCAGGGUUAUGUGAGACUGGAUUCAAGACUUGUCGCCGGCAAUUUAUCUGUCCAAAUUAUCCUCUUGCAUAUGGUGUCACCACAGCUAUUUUAUUGCACUGGAACUUCCCAGAUCUGGAACUGUGGAUAUCAAACAUUUACGAUUUAAGGCGAAGCUGCUGCCAAAGGAAUGACCACAAUUCUGUGUGCAAAUAUGACCAUGCAGAGGCCUGGAGGACAAAAAUAUUUGCUUUUUUCUGUGUUUUCUUUCUCUGAUGGCGUUCCGUAGAAAUUAAACCCAGGAUCUUCUGCUUAUCAGUUUGCACGUCCCGUUUAAAACAACUUUCUUUCAUUUAAAACAGUAAAACUUUCUAAAACACAUUGGUGGGCACUGAAACCAUCAACUUCUCCGUUGUGGAGAAGCAGUAGCAGUAGGAGAGCCUUUUCUUGCCCACCAGGGUGCAGUUCCAUAAGCGUGUGAUGUCUUUGCAGAUUAUGUCACGCAGCAGUAGAGAACUCCCCUUGGGGGGCAAGUAGUGAUUUCUGCAUAGAGAAGUGCUACCAAAAAGGCAUGUUUUGAGCAGUUUAUAGCAAUACCAAGCAGUCACAGUGCGACCAUAUAAACAUUCUUAAUUCUUAAGCUACUUUUGUGGCCCGAUAGGGAAAAAUUCAGGCAAAAAAUUUUUAAAGUUUUGAAAACUCAUGGAGAAACGGCAGCAAAUAGGAACUAAAAAAGCCUGGAAGAGUGGUGUCACACAGCGCUAAUGUAUGUCCACAAAACAGUCUGGGUUGGUUCAGUACAGUUCUGCCACAGUUUAGCUCAUUAAACUCUGAUCUUGCACGUUUCCUCAGCUGAUGUCCGUCCAGUCUCUCUUGUGAUAGGAAAUCUGUCUCUUUUAGGAGCUCCACAUCAUUUGGCUCAGCUCAUCAGAGUUGGUUGUUUGGAUUCCAGUUGGCAUUUCAUUUCAUUACAGUUUGGCUUUUUAAAAUGUGGAUUAAACAACAGCAAAGGAUGGAUAUAAAAGCUGUUUCUUAGCACAGGCUCAUUCCUGAACAGCUCGUCAUCACUCGAUCGUGUACCCCAUAAGGUUUAUUCGAUUGAUAGUAUAUUAUUGCUUCAAUUAAAAGCAAUUUCAUGGCAUAACUAGAGUUUUUUAAUGCUAAAGAGGCUCAGCUAGCCUCUUAGCUCAGAACGAGGCCAGAAGACGCUGUACACUAGGAGGUCUACAGCAGAAUUUGAGAUGUUGUAUCUAUGCCAGGCAAAUCAGUUAAACUGUGGUAAAAUUAUUGUGUAUGGAUUGUACCCAAUGUAUGUAGAAAUUUUCUGUUGAUAAUUGCAAUGCAGUGGUGUUUUCAUUUAGCUUUGCUAACCCCUCUAUGUCUGUCCUUAUGGUCUUCCAUGGUAAGAUCUGAAAAUGACCCCAGUGUAGCCGGCCUUAAGGUCUAUUUUGUAUGACUGAUGAAUGGGUUCAAAGAUCCAUUUUGUCCUGUUUAAUAACUAAAAACAGUCCUUUAAAUAAGUCACAUUUCAUUAUUUAUCUUUGUUCCUAUCUCAGUAACAUGUCUGUCCACUCUUGGUGAUCUUAGAGACGAUUGGUUGAACUGAUGCCCUAAUCUGCAUGCGUAUUAUACUGCUGUACAGUUUGUAUUAAAGCAGGAGAUUUCUUUGUGUAACAAAUUUUCAUAAAAACUGUGAUCUAACUUAAACAGCUCAUCAGUUACUGAUCGUACUCGCUUGUUGUUUUUAGUCAAAGUUUGCCUUAAAUUGUUUUCUUUUGUACAGAGAAGAGCAUGUUGUGACUGUGUGAGUCUCUACUGUCUGAAGUUUGUGUCAAAGUUUGUCUUCUGUUGGUCAGACUGCCCAGCUCAGGUAUAUCAGCAGUGUGCAGGACAGACAGCGUAAAAGAAGAGGACGUUAACAGGUCACCUGAAAAUCUCUCCUUCACCUUCAAAAGCAAAUAAAUUUCAUACUACCACCUGGAA